CCACUUCGAAACCCUAGAUAACGCCAAAAGCCCUUACUUCAUCCCAAGGCAGGAGGGAAGGAAAUUAGGGUUUUCUCUGCUCUCUCACUGUGGGGCUUACGAUUUCUAGGGUUUAGGUGCAGAGGCCUCCUGCGAAAAUGAAGACGAUCUUGGCUUCUCAGACCAUGGAUGUACCAGAGGGCGUUAAGGUCCAGAUCAAGGCCAAAAUGAUCAAGGUAGAAGGACCUAGAGGUGUUCUAACUAGGAACUUUAAGCACCUGAACCUUGACUUUCAGCUCACUGAGGGUGGGAAGAAGCUCAAGGUUGAUGCCUGGUUCGGAUCCCGCAAAACGAUGGCGGCCAUUAGAACGGCCAUCAGUCAUGUUCAGAACUUGAUAACUGGUGUUACAAAGGGAUAUCGCUACAAGAUGAGGUUUGUCUAUGCUCACUUUCCCAUCAAUGCAAGCAUCACCCAGGGGAACAAGAGCAUUGAGAUCCGAAACUUUCUUGGCGAGAAAAAGGUAAGGAAAGUUGACAUGUUGGAAGGGGUGACUGUUGUUCGCUCUGAGAAGGUCAAGGAUGAAUUGGUAUUAGAUGGCAAUGAUAUUGAGCUUGUUUCACGAUCCUGUGCUUUGAUAAAUCAGAAAUGCCAUGUCAAGAAUAAGGAUAUAAGGAAGUUCUUGGAUGGGAUAUAUGUUAGUGAGAAGGCUACGAUGGCAGAGGAGGAGUGAAGAGUGCUAUUACUUUUACUAUUUUUUUGCUUCAGUUUUGUAGACGGUCGAGAAGGCCAUUAUUUUCCUUGCUUAAUUAUGGGGAACCUUGUUUUGAUAGAGCAUUACAAUUGUAGUAGUUUGGCCAUGUUACCUGCUGGUUUCGACAACAUUGGGUUUGGAUAUGUCUCUUUUGUUUAUGUUUUGAACGAUGGAAAUAUAGUUUCUUGGCUAUGGGGAUAGACUUUUUAUUUUAGGUUUUUUUCCCCCUUUCAUGUCGUCAUUGUUAUGCUUUUGGUAUUGCCUAUAAAUUAUGGGAUUGUAUACAA